AUGUUGGACAAGAUCACGGAUACCUACGAACACUCAAAGACGAAGAACUUCUGUCGAUCGGCGUCCCUUCGGAUGAAACGGAAGAUGAAGGACAUGAGUCGCGCUCUGACCUUUAAGAAAAGGUCAUGGGAUUUGUCGCAAAAUUCCCAUACUUCAAAGGACAAUUCUACCGGUGAUGUCAGCAAAAAUAAAAGCUGCAUUGGCGAAGAGCAGAGCGACGUCACGUUGAUGCUUCUGGCUAGCUUUGACGAAGUCUAUCAGAGAGUGAUGGAAACCUCACGAGAUCUCUCAUGUGCUAUUGACAAGCUGGACGAGAACUCCCGCCUCCUUGCUCCAUUGAUAUCGACACCUGAGGAGACAACAGCACAUACCAAACCCAAAACCGAUCAGGAAACACCGUUGGAAAAAGAACAGAGUGUCAAGAAAGAUCAUUCAGCUUCAGAGGCUGUUGCCUAUUUGGAUGACAUUUUCACACAACUGGACCAGCAUGCACUGCGGCAGUCAUCACGUGAUUAUACCAACUUGAAUGACGUGGUUCAGGACCUUACAGCGAUUUGCCAAAACGAAAAGGAUCUAGCUAGGGUCCUGUUCCGCUGGGUUGUAGCUGUGUCAGGGAAUAUCACCUCCUCCGAUCUUCUCCAGGUUUACAGGACUGGACACGACUCUUAUCAUCGUCUCUACCGGGAACUUUGCAGAAUUGCCGGGCUCAGUUGUCGCAUCAUCGUGGGUUGGUCGAAAGGUGUCGGAUACAAACCAAACAUGGCACUGACCGACAUUUUCCGGAACUGCUGGACGGCUGUUUCCAUAGACGGUACGUGGAGAUUUGUCAACUGCGUGUGGGCGGCCCGCCAUGUGACGUCAGAUGACGAGAAUGACGUCACUGUUGAGCGAUAUGAUGACUUCUACUUUCUGACAGAAGCUGAGGACCACAUUUCCCAGCAUUAUCCCGACGAUCCGGAAUGGCAGCUUCUUGACACACCCCUUUCCAUGGACGACUUUCUUCAUCUUCCUGUACUGAAGUCGGCGUUUUUCCACCACGACCUGUCGUUUCCGACCCCUGUCUUUUCUCGGAUGACGACAGACACGGGGGUGGUAGAGAUUCGCCUGAACACUCCAGAGAUUUUCGCUUUUGGAUCCGUCCUGGAAACCUGUGAAGCGGGCCCGAUGAAUCGAAUCGAGAACUGCGUUCUUCAGACGGUCGUGGAUAGCAACACAGUCGUCUUCCGUGUGAGUCUGCCUUAUCCAGGGCGUUAUUACUUCUCUGUGUAUGUGGGAGACUACUGGCAACCGCGGUCCCUGGAGACUGCUUGCUCUGUGCAGCUAGACUUUACGGGAGGGGGUCACCCAAACAAUCCCUUCCCAGUACCACACCCACCUGUUCCCUUCUACGGCCCAACCCCGGUCAGCGGUACGCUGGGAGUGUCGUGUUCAACAUCUGACCCUUUGAUUGUGCUCGCUGAUGACAGUGACCUUGAAGUGACCUUUAACAUCCCUGACGACGUCUUCGUUACUCAGACCUUUCAGUAUCAUCACAGCCAAUCAGGAGCUCUGAUAGAUGUGGACCGACUGGCCCUUGCGACGUCCAGGACCAACAAGAGACUUCGUUAUUCGUUCCGUUGCCGCAACCAGGGUUACUACGUUUUCUCGUUGUACGGUACAAAAGAUGUCACGGUACCGCUAGACUGUGUUUACCGAUGUCUGAUCUUUGCCCAGCACGACUCCCCCAGGGCUUGCCCCUUUCCGGUGCCUCAUUCCAAAUGGACGGACUGUACGCUCCAUUCUCCACUGAAUGGCGAACUGACCCCAAACAGCGUUCAAACAUUCAAACUGGACGUCCCUAAAGCCGCGAGACUUUCCGUUUCCGUAUCUGGCAAGACUUUCCCACUAAGCCAGAUGGCUGACGGUUCGUGGCAAAGAGACAUUUUCAUUGGUGUAUCUGGCUCCGUCGUCAAGGUGAUAGAUGAAUUCAGAGACAGUAAUGGCGUCGCUUAUACUUCAUGCCUGCUGAGCUUUGACGUUCUGGAGGAAAGGGAGACAACUGUUUGA